CUUUUUAAUCGCCAGUUAUUGUAGCGUGUUCGCACCCGGGAAUAGUGUUCACGUUUUAUCUCGUUCCGUCAUAUACAUACCAGGUCCAUGUCAGUUUACAUCAAUUCCAUGUAUCGACGAUAUUAUUUCGCAUUUAUAUUUAUUCUGCGAAAAAUUAACAUACCGUGCUUUGCAUAUUAUUUUUUUUAUUUUGUAUGUGUUUAUUUCCGGUUUAAACGCUAAUACGAAUUACAGUCAAUACGGAUUGCCGAGUGAAGAGGUGGACCUUUAUGGCAGCGCAUUAGGGAUGUGAUUAGGCACAUCUGUACAGAAUUAAUAAUCCAGUGCCAACGCGGAUGUCAUGAGUAGCUGGCUGCUUCCGAUGCGGUGUCGGGGAGAGAAGCUGGUGUGUGUAUAUUGUCCUUCCCACGAGAUUGAUACACAACACGGUAUAAUUGUACUGAUUGCCACUGUGAGGAUCUCAGGAUUGCGCUUCGCACCGGCUUGCCAAAUGAGAGAACCACAUACUGCAGCCUAACAGCUAAAUGAAUCGGCUAAUCGCACUGCUACAAUGCCAGCUCUUCUACGGAUUCAUCCACACAUCCCGGGUUAAUAUUAUCAUUAUCACUCGCGAUGACCCUAGAUUUGGAUUAGUCUCCACCGGCCCCGCGUACGAUCUGGCCAUCGACAAUGCCAGGAUCGCAUAUCCGGAAGUAUUUCGAAAUGUUAGCGUGCAUUCGGUGCACUACCGCGUCGGGCGCUAUAUGGGCUGUCCAGAGGCCGGCGAAGACAUGGGGCUCAUUGCGGCGCGCAAUGUCGGCAUGCAGACGCUCCGGCAGUUGGAGGGGUUCAGUGUGAUGGUGACACCAGGUUGUAGUCCGGAAGUGCUCGUGUUAGGUGAUUUUGCUCGCGAAUGGGACAUUCCACUCCUAGCCAGUUCCGCCAGCGACAACAAAAUCACCAAUAAAAGCCGGUAUCCCACGGUGACUGCCUACGGGCCCGUGGACAUGACUAGCUUCACAACGGCCUCAAAAAAACUCUUAUUCCAACAUUCGUGGAAGACGGUGUUCUUGCUGUUCGACAAUAUGACACAGUCACCGUCGGUCGGCACCGUCUACUCGCUGCUGUUCAAUAAUCUGCGCAGUCAACUGGAGCAGCAGAAGCACAUCUACACGGUGUCCGUCUUGACAUUUGAUUCCAAGUAUUUGCUGAAUAAUACCACAGAGAUUCUGCUGCGUCCCCGGGAUGAAGCCCGAAUUAUUUUCAUCUUCACCAAACCGGCAAUCCUGCGGGACAUUCUGAUUGCUGCAUAUAUGCUGGGCAUGGCUAACGGAGAUUAUGUGUUCAUUGCACCAAUGUCAACUAAGCAGCCGACACUGGGCGAUUUAUACUGGCAGAACAACGACAGUUCGGAUGAGAUGGCGUUUAUCGCCUUCCAGUCAACCAUUAUCAUGGCGCAUCCUACUCCAAACUGGGAGGAGUUCGAAUCGGUAUUCGAGACCAUUGCCGCCAUUUCGCAGACCAAGUACAAUAAAACCCUCACCAUGGAUGAAUGGUAUAACGACGUUGUCGUCUGUGCUUACGAACUGAUGGAAACGGUAGCAAUGCUGAUCAAUGAAGUGUACCCGUUUAUCGGCAAUGUCACCGGGCGCAGUUUCAGUCAGCGGGCUUGGAAUCGAACAUGGGAUCUGGAUCUGCAGAGUGUGUACAUUGACCAGAAUGGGAUGCGCAAGGGUAAUGUGCGUCUGACCCGCAUCAACACCAGCAGCGGACUCUUCGAGGAAACAUGGUUUUAUUCGGCAAGGAACAACACCUUGACUGUCUCGAGCUCCGCUCUGGCUGAUACAUGGUACAAUCGGACAAGUUUCCCACCGGAUGUGCCGCGGUGUGGAUUCCGACACGAGCGUUGUUUGGAACAACAAUCUCUAAUAAUUCUGCUGUGCGCCAUAAUUGCCCCACUUGUCGCCUGUCUGAUCCUCUUUCUGGCAUUUUUCUGUCAAUGGAGGCGCAUGAAGCGGAGAGAGGAAUAUUCCAUGUGGUGGAAUUUGGAUCCUUACCGGUUCAGUGAGGAUUUAUCGCGGAUCAGUUUUACCGGAAUUGUCCGGGAUGACAGUGGGCGGCAGGAUUUUCUCUUGAAAUACAGCUCAAAACUACGCCAGUAUGACGGUAAAGCGGUGUGGACGGAGACAGUUAGCCCCGCCCUAUCCGUUGAAGGGAUCGCUUCCAAGGAUAAAGUCAGGAAGUGCUUUGUAGCGCUUCGCCACAUUCAUAAUGACAAUAUUGGCCAAUUUUAUGGUAUUGUCACGACGAAAAUGACCAAUCAUCUGUUGUGGGAUUUCGGUGCACACGGCUCGUUACGAACACUUCUAGACUCCGAUAAUAAAGCGGUGACACACGACCUUAUCAUUUCCAUGAUUUGGGAUAUUCUGGAAGGAAUGUCGUACAUCCAGAGCAGUGACCUGCACUUUCACGGAGUUCUAUGCAGCAUGACCUGUAUGAUUGACGAGCGGUUUUGCCUGAAAUUGUCCGGCUACGGAUCUACCAAGCUGCUGUACUACUUGACCAAGAAAACCACCGGAAGCAACUGGGAUCCGCUGGUGCUGUGGUUUCCGCCGGAGAUGCUUCGUGACCCACAGAACCCCGGAUCGAAGGCAGCGGAUGUGUUUAAUGUAGCGCUGAUUAUUGUCGAGAUGUUCACACGCAAUACGCCCUUGGAUGCCAUACUGGAGAGUGAGAGUAGUCGCAAUCAUAUAAUCGACAAUCUCCUGACGAUGAACUUCAACCUCCCGCGCAUGCCGGUGACGAACGAAGUGCCGCGGAUGUUGCAUAAAAUCCUGGAGGACAUGAUGCUGGAGAAUCCCAAGGAUCGGCCGAGUUUGAAGAUUUUCACCACCCGCUUCCAGCGCUUCUUCCAAAAGCGGGGAUUCAUUGAAAAGCUGCUGAUCCGCUUGGAGAAGUAUUCCAAGGAAUUAGAGGCAAGGGUGGAGAUGCAGACAGCGGAUUUGCUGGAUGAGCGCGCCAAGGUGGAUGCGCUCCUCCGCGAGAUGAUCCCACAGACAUUUGUUGAUAAACUACGAAAUAAAGAAACGGUGGAAACGGAAGCGUUUGAGUUGGUGACGAUAUUCUUCAGCGAUUUACCAGAAUUCGGCAACGUGUGUGCCCUUUGCACACCGUUCCAGAUAAUCGCGUUGCUAAACGGUGUUUACUCGGCAUUUGACGUUGUUCUGGCCGAAUUCGAUGUUUACAAAGUGGAAACGGUUAACGACUCCUACAUGGUGGCCAGUGGUCUUCCACAACGAAAUGGACAGCGACAUGCACCGGAAGUUGCUCAGAUGGCACUGCGUCUUGUUGGCAUCCAGCUCAAUUCUCCGUUAAAAGACGGUAACACUCUUCAGUUACGCAUCGGCAUCCACUCAGGGCCGUGUGUGGCGGGAAUUGUGGGUUUACGAAUGCCGCGCUACUGUUUAUUUGGUGACACCAUAAAUACCGCCAGCCGUAUGGAGAGCCACGGAGCUGCUGCUAAAAUACAUCUAAGUCCAACAACCAAGCACUUAUUAAGCGCCCAUGGAGGUUUUCUGAUUCAAUCGCGGGGAUCCAUUCCCAUAAAGGGCAAGGGCGAAAUGGAGACAUUCUGGUUACUGGGACUCAAGCUGAGCUCGAUGUAAUAUUUAUUUUGCUUUAUGCAAGUAUCCUUUUCUCGUCUCUUCCGAUUGACGUGCAACGAAUUCGUGUAUAUUUACACUCCGUUAUGUCGUUGUUUUUCCGAUGUAUUUGCUCCAGUAACGUUUGGCUCCCUUUUUGCGUACCUCCACUACUCUGUACCAGGCUUCCAAAAGGAGAAUCUGCAUCAGUGCGAGUAGGCUUGUCUUGCCGCUUGUUUGUCAGACUUGCAUUUUAUCAAGUACGAUCACAGUACUCGAGCAUGCACACAUGUGCUUAACAAUAAAAUUAUCAGUUUUUCUGUCGUUUGGUUUUUUUUAGUCCAUAUGUUUUGUUA